GGCCGGCCGGGUGCCUCUGCAGCUCUACUGGCAGGGCCCGGUGGGGCGUGUGCUGCUGCAGCUGCUGCUCCGUGCCCCCCUGCCCCACGCCUCCCCAUGCAGCCCUGGCAGUGCCUCCGGCGCUUUGCCCUGGCCUGGUGGGAGAGGACGGCCGAGGGCAGCGCCCGCUCUCCCCGAGAGGAGGCUGGACCCAGGGACCACAGGGGCCGAGGGGAACCAGGGCUCCAGCGUGCAGCGGGAGGGAAGCCUGCAGGACUCUGUUCCCUCUGUUUAAAGUCUCCAGAUCCGGAGCGGAGCAGCCCCCCCAUGCUGUCUGCGGAUGAUGCCGAGUACCCGAGGGAGUACCGGACCCUGGGGGGCGGGGGGAGCGGGGGCCGGCGCUUCUCUAACGUGGGGCUGGUGCACACGUCCGAGCGGCGGCACACGGUGAUCGCGGCCCAGAGCCUGGAGGCGCUCAGCGGGCUGCAGAAGGCGGACGCCGACCGCAAGCGCGAUGCCUUCAUGGACCACCUGAAGAGCAAGUACCCGCAGCACGCCCUGGCCCUGCGAGGCCAGCAGGACCGGAUGCGCGAGCAGGUUGGCGGCUGGACCGUGGACCCCGCGUGCCUCCUCAGCUCCCUCUGCUCCCACCUCCAUGGCGACUCCGCCCCCUCCGGGGCUGGCCAGCCGGCCCAGCAGCCCAACUACUGGAGUUUCAAGACCCGUAGCUCACGCCACACGCAGGGGGCCCAGCCGGGGCUGGCAGACCAGGCGGCCAAGCUGUCGUACGCCUCGGCUGAGUCGCUGGAGACCAUGUCGGAGGCCGAGCUGCCCCUGGGUUUCAGCAGGAUGAACCGCUUCCGCCAGAGCCUGCCCCUCUCACGCUCCGCCAGCGGCUCCUCCACCGCCGGAGCACCCCCUUCCGAGCUCUUCCCCGGGCCGGGGGAGCGCCCGUUGGUGGGGUACGGGCCGCCCCUGCCAGCCAAGGACUCGGAGACGAGGGAGCGCAUGGAGGCCAUGGAGAAGCAGAUUGCCAGCCUCACCGGCCUGGUGCAGAGCGCUCUGCUCCGAGGCUCGGAGCCGGAGACCCCCAGCGAGAAGAUGGAAGGUGCCAAUGGAGCAGCCACCCCGUCUGCACGUGAGUGGCCCCUCCUACCACAGCCUGGCACACAGGCCCUUGUUUUUUCUGAGCCUCAGUUUCCUAGUCUCUUAAAUGACAACGAUUAUACAACAACUGUCCAGUGUCAGGGGGCUGGGCUGGGGCCAGAGGGGCUGAGAGGGUCUCUCUGUGGCUACAGUGACCUGGAGAAGUCAGUGGAGAAGAUCCAGAGGGAGGUGUCCCACAGUCAUCGACUGGUGCCUGGGCCUGAACUGGAGGAGAAGGCGCUGGUGCUGAAACAGCUUGGAGAGACGCUGACUGAGCUCAAGGCUCACUUCCCAGGCCUGCAGAGCAAGAUGCGGGUAGUGCUGCGUGUUGAGGUGGAGGCAGUGAAGUUCCUGAAGGAGGAGCCACAACGCCUGGACGGGCUACUCAAACGCUGCCGUGGGGUCACCGACACGCUGGCCCAGAUCCGCAGGCAAGUGGACGAGGGUGUGUGGCCACCCCCCAACAGCCUCCUGAAUCAGUCCCCCAAGAAGAUGGCGGCUGAGACGGACUUCAACAAGAGUUUAGACUUUGAAAUGCCACCUCCCAGCCCCCCACUGAAUCUGCACGAGCUGAGUGGGCCGGCUGAAGGUGUCCCCUUGACCCCCAAGGGUGGCAAUCCUACCAAAGGCCUGGACAUCGCUGGCAAGAGAAGCAUGGACAAGGCUGUGUCUGUGGAGGCUGCUGAGCGUGACUGGGAGGAGAAGCGAGCCGCCCUGACCCAGUACAGCGCCAAGGACAUCAACCGGCUGCUGGAGGAGACGCAGGCCGAGCUUCUGAAGGCCAUCCCUGAUCUGGACUGUGCAAGCAAGGCCCACGCAGGCCCGCUUCCCACCCCUGACCACAAGCCCCCCAAAGCUCCCCAUGGCCAGAAGGCAGCCCCGAGAACGGAACCCAGCGGCAGGAGGGGCUCAGACGAGCUGACUGUGCCGCGCUACCGCACCGAGAAGCCCUCCAAAUCGCCGCCGCCGCCCCCUCCCCGCCGGAGCUUCCCCUCCUCCCACGGGCUAACCACCACGCGCACUGGCGAGGUCGUGGUCACCAGCAAGAAAGACUCAACCUUCAUCAAGAAAGCCGAGUCGGAGGAGCUGGAGGUGCAGAAGCCCCAGGUGAAGCUGCGCCGGACUGUGUCCGAGGUGGCCCGCCCGGCCUCCACGCCGCCCAUCAUGGCCUCGGCUAUUAAGGAUGAGGACGACGAAGACCGCAUUAUCGCAGAGCUGGAGAGCGGUGGUGGCAGCGUGCCGCCCAUGAAGAUGGCAGCUCCUGCGGCCUCCCGGCUGAAGGCGGCCCAGGGCCAGGCGGGCAGUCCGGACAAAGGCAAGCACGGGAAGCAGAGGGCCGAGUACAUGCGCAUCCAGGCCCAGCAGCAGGCCACUAAACCAUCUAAAGAGAUGAGCGGGUCAAUUGAGACCUCGAGCCCAGUCUCAGAAAAGCCUUCGGCUUCCAGAACCUCUAUCCCCGUAUUGACUUCCUUUGGGGCGAGGAAUUCUUCCAUAUCCUUCUAGAAGCCCCGUGACACCCCCACCCCAGCCUGCCCCCUCCCUCACCCCUGCCAUUCUCUCCCUACCCACUCUUCUUCCCCCAUCUCCCCCACCCCACCCCUCGCCCGCCAUCUACCCCCAUCCUCCAGACCCUCUGGUGACGCUGCCACCCGUGUGGCAGCCUCAGUUCACCACACCCAUCCUCUGUUGGUGUAUUUGGGUUUUUAAAUGACUCACUUUCAAUUUUUAAAAAAAUAAAAUAAAAAGCAAAACUGUAAAACUGGAAACCAAACACACCACCACUGUCCCUUGAUUUCUUUUUCCACAGUGGCCUCCUGUUGGCCCACUUCCUGUCUCUCCCUUUCUCUCUCCCCACUCUUCCUCUCAACUUGUCCACCGUUUCUGCACCCUCCUCUCCCCUCCCUACUUCUCCCCUCCUCUCCCCUCCUCUCCCCUCACUUCCCAAGAGUACUGCAAACCAACUCUGAGCCACGGAGACUUGGAGCAGGCGGCGAGAGACCCCCUUCUCCUCCUUGGACACCUUCCUGAAGGAACACCUGGACACGGGGCCCACCCCAGUAUCAGGAUGGGAGCCAGGACACAGGGAGAGCUCGGUCCUGUGGACGGCCUUCCUCCCUGUCCACCUUCGGGACGUGACUGGGCUCUGCUGCUAUGCCUCACCCCUCCACUUGUGCCUCGGUGGGCUGGGCCCGGAGCUGGCCUGGCCGGUGGAGGCUGGCGUUCAAGAGACCUUGGAGCAUGUGUGGGCUGUGGAAGCUGCCUCCCCGGAGAGUGGCUGCUCACUGUGACUCACCAUGGCGGCCCUGAGGAGCUGUCUGGCCUGUGCCUGGAGCGGGAAGGAGGCCUUGUGGGCUUUGCUGGCCGUGGAGGGGGAAUUGAACAGGCAGCUACCACAGGGGGCACUGCCUGGGAGAGGGCAGCCCUAAAGGAGGGGUAUUUGGUACUUUUAGUUUCCUAAUUUAGCACUUUAAAUGGCAUUAACUUAUUGAAUAGGGGUGGGUGGGCAAGGAUGAGGGAGCUAGAAAAUUAGGUUUUGAGGCCCGGUGGAGAUGAGAGGUGACGGGCGGUAGUGGAGACAGCUCUGACCACCCACCAAGUGGGAAGGGGGGUGGCGAGCAUUUUCACGGCUUUUAAAUGGCAGCUGGUGAGCCCGAGUGAGAUCCUUGAGCUGACCUGAGCGGCCUGCUCUGGUUGUGGCUGAUUCUAGUGAGUGGGUCACUUGGAGAGGGGAGGGGAGACCAACCCUAGAUUGUAUGGAUGAGGAGGGGGAGGGGGAUGAAAUGAGGGGUCCCAGGGAGCAGACUCUGGUUUGGAGCACAAAGUGGGGUAAGCACAGGAAGAGCGGGGAGUUGGGGUCUGCCCCUUCCCCCUUCAGUAAGCACAGAGCGAAGGAGCCACUGGAGGGGAAACCCCAGAUUUGGGCUCCUACCCCUGGGGCAUGGCAGGGGGUGGGUCAGCACCCGGGGAGAGCCAGGGGCUUGGGGCGGGUUGUGUUCCUUCAUUUCUUCUGCUGUUGUUGGGGUUUUAUGUUUCGGGGUUUGGGGGAUUUCUUUUGGUUCAUCCUUGUUUGUUUGUUUUUUUUUAGCUUUGGAUCAUUUUUGUACAAAGGCAAGCAAGCCUUUUUGAAAAAUAACAAAAGAAGAGGGGGGGAAAAUCCCUCCUUAAAAAAAAACACAAAACGCCCCCCUGGAAAAUAGAAGAAAAAAAAAAGGACCUGAUAAAUGAUGCAAUUACUUUUAAUUGCAGGGAACUCUUUACAUUUAAGUGAAGUGUCUUAACAUUUUAUAUUGUUUUAAAAAUAUAUUUACAUAUUAUAUAUAUAUAAUAUACGUAAUAUAAAUAUAUAUAAAUAUUUAAAAAGAAAAAAGGAGCAGCAGGGCCCGCGCCCUGGCCACUGUUCUGGCGGGGGAAGGGCCGGGUGGGCAUUGUCUGGCUUCUGUGGUCCAGUGACACGGUUUGGUUUGAUUUAGCUGUACAGAGACCCCUGACUUGGGAGGGGAGGGGGGAGUGGUGUCCCCUCCUCCUUCCACUCCACUCCUCUUUGCUUGCGACUCUUAGCUUGCCCCCACUGCCCUCCCUCAGCCCUGUGCCCCACUGUCAUUGUCCUGAGUUGAAUGUCCAUUUGUGGGGGAGGGAGCAGAGGCCCGGGGACAGUGUCCAGGCUACAGGGGCAGCAGGAGGGAGCCCUGCCCCUCGCCCACAGGCCCGGCCCAGCUGGUCGGCGACUUCCCUUCCCUUCGGUUUCUGCGCAUUUAUGGGCUGGACGUGUUUGUGUGGAGGUGAGUGCAGCCUGCGCGCGCAUGUGUGUGUGUGUGUGUGUGUGUGUGUGUGUGUGUGUGUAUGCACUGGAGACUGGUGUCGGAGCACUGGCAGCUCCUACCUGCAUGCCAGCGUGCAAGGGGCUUGGGGGGAGGGUCAGCCUGUGUGCAGUUGGGGUGUGUGCAGGUGGGCGAAGCCGCCGGAGGCUGGUGGGGGUGCGGGGGCAUGUGUGUGGACAGAAGCCCGUACUCUGAGGGACCUGAGAUGUGUGUGCCUCUCUGGUAUGCAAAGGCAUGUGUGUGCUGGUGCAGAUCCAGGUGUGUGUGUGUGUGUGUGUGUGUGUGUGUGUGUGUGUCCCAUCACCCCUGCACCACUCGCUGUGGUGCCCCCCCUCCAGCCCCCUAGCCCCCCAGGUCCCCUCCAAGCCCGCAGCACGUUGAUGCCCCCAGCUGCAUGCGCCUCGCUGCUCUGUCCAUCAGUGUGUGCUUGACCAAGAGAACACUAAGACGCCUGGGGGGGACCCUGUAUCCGGCCCCUCCCAGCCCCCACCCACUGUGCUGUGUGACUCGCAUGGGGGGUUUCUCUCUACCCCUUCCACAAUACGCUGUUUCCCCAGGAGCCUGGGCCCCAGGCCCGGAGGACUCCCGAGGGGGCCUUCCCCUGGGCGCUCGGCUCUGCCCCCUGCCCGCCCACCCUGUAGGGCCCGUGUUGGUGUAGCAGUGAGGCUUCUGUGGAUGCUCUGUGACCUGUCGGUGUACCUUGACAACUUCUCAGAGGGAAGGGUUGCUGUGUUUUCUCUGUCUCUCUUUUCUAAUGUCCUGUUUUCUUCUCCCCUCUGCCCUCUUCUCUUCCCCUUUGGUUUUUCUAGCCGAGUGUUUGGGGCUUUAAUAAAACUGGUUUCUUUUUCCUC